AUGUGGAUAUACCUAGCAAUGAAGAAGAUAAAGCAGAUGAAGCUCCGAAAACAUUACUUUGAGUAAAAUGGAGGUCUAUUGUUACAGAAAAAGGUCUCUAGUGAACAAGGCCUUACUGCCCCAAGGAUAUUCACAACCCAAGAGCUCGAAAAGGCUACCGACGACGGCUUCGAAGAAUCAAAGAUACUGGGAAGUGGUGGCUUUGGCAUUGUGUACAAGCGAACCUUAGAUGACCACACAAUUGUAGCCAUUAAAAAGGCCAAAGUGGUGGAUCAUACCCAAAUACAUUUCAUACAUGAGGCCACAUGAACCCAACACAUAUUCACUCAAAUCAAUCAUCAGAAUGUGGAACUCUUGGGUUGUUGCUUGAAGACUCCUGUGCCGAUUUUAGUUUAUGAGUACAUUCCCAAUGGCACACUCCACCAACACAUCCAUGAAAAUGACCCAAAGAAUCAAAUAACAUGGCCAGACCGCUUGAGAAUUGCCUUAGAAACAGCCGAAGCACUAGCUUACUUGCACACUGCAGCUUGCAUGCCCAUCUUCCAUAGAGAUGUUAAGUCAUCCAACAUAGUGCUAGACCAUAAUUAUACUGCAAAAGUAUCCGAUUUCGGGGUCUCACGACUUGUCCCCAUGGAUCAAAACCAGAUGUCUACAUUGGUGCAAGGGACUUUUGGGUACCUAGAUCCCGAAUACUUUCGAACCGGGCACUUGACCACUAAGAGUGUUGUCUAUAGUUUUGGGAUUGUUCUAUUAGAGUUUUUAACUGGAGAAAAGCCGGUUUCCUCCAAGAGAUCUCAAGAUGAUGCAAAUCUAGCUUUGUACUUUAUAUCUCAUUUGAAAGGGGACCAUCUUGAAGAGAUUUUAGAGGAGAAUGUUCGAAAGGAGGAUAGCAUUGAGCAAUUGCAAGAUGUUGCAAAGUUGGCUAUGAACUGCUUGAGACUCAGUGGAGAGAGAAGGUCUACGAUGAAGAAUGUAGUGCAAGAACUACUUAGAAUUAGUGGGUCUUCACAAAAUGCAUGUAUGGACGAAAAUGAGGAAGUUAUUGAGGCCUCACUAAGUCGCAAUACAUCCUUCCCUAGUGAUGGAAGCCCUAACAGUUCCUAG